AUGUCUGCGUUACAUGGAGCAGUCCAUGCCAAAUGGAUUGUAGGGAAAGUCACUGGAACCAAAAUGCAGAAGUCUGCCAAAAUGAGAGUCACCAGGCUGGUGCUAGAUCCUUACAUACUAAAAUUCUAUAACAAGAAAAAAACAUAUUUUGCCCAUGACCCCCAGCAGCAAUGCAUUGUGGGAGACAUUGUCCUUCUGAAAGCUUUGCCAGCGCGGAGGAGCAAGCAUGUCAAACAUGAACUGGCAGAAAUUGUGUACAAGGUUGGGAAAGUCAUUGAUCCUGUGACUGAAGGGGGUUGA